UUUUUUUUUCUUUUAUUUAUAUCAUGGGAAAAGCACAAAGUAAACUUAGUCCUGAACAACUCACUGACCUUCAAAAGUGCACUUAUUUCGAAAAGAAAGAACUGCAGCAAUGGUACAAGGGAUUCUUAAAAGACUGUCCCUCUGGUCAAUUAGACAAGACUGAAUUUCAAAAGAUAUACAAACAAUUCUUUCCUUUUGGUGAUCCUUCCCGGUUUGCUGACUAUGUAUUUAACGUGUUUGAUGAAGACAAGAAUGGCAUGAUCAACUUCAAAGAGUUUAUUGUGGCAUUGUCAGUGACUAGUCGAGGAAGAGUGGAUGAAAAGUUACUUUGGGCUUUUCAAUUGUAUGAUAUUGAUAAUGAUGGUUAUAUUACCCGUGAAGAAAUGUUACAUAUUGUAGAUGCCAUCUAUAAAAUGGUGGGUAGUAUGGUCAAAUUACCACCAGAUGAAGAUACACCAGAAAAGCGUGUACACAAGAUUUUUGAACUCAUGGAUACGGACAAGGAUGGUAGACUAUCAAUGGACGAGUUUAGGGAAGGAUCGAAGAAGGAUCCAACUAUUUUACAAGCAUUGAAUCUAUAUGAUGGCAUGGUUUGAUCUAUUGAAAUAAAUCUAAAACAAGUAUUUAAUUAAGCUGGGUGGAGUUUAGUUGUAACGCAAAAGAUCUGUCUAUUCUUCGCACUUAAAAGUCAGAAAUUCAAUACAGAAAGAAAAUAUUUACUGUUGUAUUUUUUCGAGGUAAAGCUCCUAUUGAUAGGAGCCAUCUUUUACCUAUAUACACUGAAAGAAACCAACUACAGUGUACAACAAACUUUGAAUGCAGAUUCGAAGGCAAUGCUCAAAUUGACUCGACUUUUUCGUCUUAGUAAACUCGCUUUAUUUUUAUCAGAAGUACCAAGAGAUGGCCUUUCCUCA